CAGCCUUUCUUUAAAAAAAAGUUCAGAUUCCAAUUUGCUUCCCCAGAUAUUGUGUCUGGACCUGAGUUGCGAACGUCUCCAUAUGUAGAUACAGGUAUUUUAAAAGCUGUUGUGACUUUGUUUUGCACGAACUUGACAUUGUGUUUGCAGGAUUGCAGUGCUCCCAAGGAAAUGAAUAAACUGCCGGCCAACAGCCCGGAGGCGGCGGCGGCGCAGGGCCACCCGGAUGGCCCAGGCGCUCCCAGGACGAGCCCGGAGCAGGAGCUUCCCGCGGCUGCCGCCCCGCCGCCGCCACGUGUGCCCAGGUCCGCUUCCACCGGCGCCCAAACUUUCCAGUCAGCGGACGCGCGAGCCUGCGAGGCUGAGCGGCCAGGAGUGGGGUCUUGCAAACUCAGUAGCCCGCGGGCGCAGGCGGCCUCUGCAGCUCUGCGGGACUUGAGAGAGGCGCAAGGCGCGCAGGCCCCCCCACCUCCUGCGAGCUCCGGGCCCGGCAACGCGCUGCACUGUAAGAUCCCUUCUCUGCGAGGCCCGGAGGGGGAUGCGAACGUGAGUGUGGGCAAGGGCACCCUGGAGCGGAACAAUACCCCUGUUGUGGGCUGGGUGAACGUGAGCCAGAGCACCGUGGUGCUGGGCACGGAUGGAAUCACGUCCGUGCUCCCGGGCAGCGUGGCCACCGUUGCCACCCAGGUAAGCAGGUUGCAUUUGGCCCGCACAGUGUCCUGCUCUCCAGCUGCGCGAGAGAGGCCAGCCGGGCCGUGGCGGGUGCACGUAUGCUGA